AUGCCUCCGGGCCGGCUGAUCUCCUUCCCCAACGCCUUCCAGCGCCGAAUGGGCCCAUCACAGCUUCAGGACAAGAUCGAGCCCGGUCACUGCCGAUUUCUCACUGUGUCUAUUGUCGAUCCGACCUACCGGCUUUGUUCCACGCGGAACGUUCCACCCCAGCAGACUGAUUGGACCAAAGGUGAUGGCGCUGAGUCUGCGACACAAUUGAAUCUGGGCCAGGCCCUCGAGCUGAGGGAGGAGCCAAGGAACACGCCAAGAAGGAUGCAGGUGUCUUUGACCUUGCUUCAACUCUCUCGUUUUCUGGAUUUUCAUCUGGAUACUUUCGUACCAACAGAGAAGCUUCUGGUCAUAAUAUUUCUUACAAAAAAGGCAUUAAUGUGCUUCUUUCAAAGUUUAACGGCCAUAUAUGAGCUGGCAUUCUCAAAUAAUGCCAGUGCUAUCAUCCUCUUCAACAAUGAUAGUGACGGUGUAUAG